UGGAGCUCGUAGGUUGCACGUCGCAGUGGCAAAAGUCCCGGGUGUAUAAGUCUAGAUCCUCGAGGGGUCUAAGCCUCCGUCGUCGUGCGGGUUUCGUGGGCGAAAGUGCAGAGUCCUCAAACUGUGAACAUAACAUAAACGAAAGGAAAUACUCUUCCCAUGAGUAGUGACUUUGAUUAUCUGACAGCCCGGAGUACGGACAACAAAUUGUAGUGAAAUUUUUUUCCGUGUCACCAAUCCUGUCAAUCGGACCCAUCGAGAAUAUCCUCAACAUUGCAUACUUUUAUGGGCGAAUGCCUGGCAGAGUGAGUGUGUGAAAGGCAGCAGAGAAAAAAGAUACAAAAUGCGAGCAAAAGUGAGGCCAAUAAAAAGGCGAUAAAGUUGACGCCGAUACAGGAGGAAGCGGCAGGAGCAGGAACACCAGCAGGAGGAAGAGCCGCUUGUCGGAAGAGGAGCGAUAAGCGUAUCCUGUCGGCAGAGUGCAUAAAAAGGCGAUAUAUAUUCCGGUGUCCUGUGCCUGUGCCAGUGUCAGUGCUGUGUGCCUCGUGUUUGUUUGUUGCUGCAGCCUCUGAUAGCCGGUGAUUCAAAUGCCUUGGUGAUUAAUGGGCCAUUGGCCAUUGCCGACGGGAUGCGCAUAAUUCAACCGGGCCAAAGGACCAGAUACGGCCAAUGGCCGGCCGUGGGACUACGGUUACUCCUGGCCCUUGCCUGGACAACGGCAGCAGCGGCGGCCAUGGAGUCAUCAGCCGAGCUGCAGGCCCUGGGCUAUGAGGCAAUUAGGCCAGGUGCUGGCUCAAUUAGCACAUUCAGCACAUCCAGCUCGCCACCCGGAGAAUCGACAUUGGCUGUGGCUGCCGGGGGUGUCCCCCCGCGCGCCGACUGGAAGUACAAGAGGACGAAAGUCAAACGCCGCCAGCAGCGCCUCAAUUCACACAGCAAUCUGCCUGGAAGCACCAAUGCCUCCCACUCCCAAGCGCACUUCCCCCUGAACCUGCCGCCAAGGCAACGCUACCUGAAGGUCAACCAGGUGUUCGAGAGCGAGCGCCGCAUGUCGCAGGCCGAAAUGCAGCGCAAUCACGGCAAAAUCGUGCUGCUCGGACUCUUUGAGCUCUCCACAUCCAGGGGACCACGGCCGGAUGGACUGAGCGAACUGGGAGCUGCCACCAUGGCCGUGGAGCACAUCAACCGCAAGCGCCUGCUGCCGGGUUACACCCUCGAACUCGUGACCAACGAUACCCAGUGCGAUCCUGGAGUGGGCGUGGAUCGCUUUUUCCACGCCAUCUACACACAGCCCUCGACGAGAAUGGUGAUGCUGCUGGGAUCGGCGUGCUCAGAGGUCACCGAGAGCCUGGCGAAGGUGGUGCCCUACUGGAACAUCGUGCAGGUCUCCUUCGGCUCCACGUCGCCGGCGCUGAGCGACAGGCGGGAGUUCCCCUACUUCUACAGGACCGUGGCCCCGGAUUCCUCGCACAAUCCGGCGCGCAUCGCUUUCAUCCGGAAGUUUGGCUGGGGCACGGUGACCACCUUCUCGCAGAACGAGGAGGUCCACUCGCUGGCGGUGAACAACCUGGUCACCGAACUGGAGGCGGCCAACAUAUCCUGUGCCGCCACCAUCACCUUUGCCGCCACCGACUUCAAGGAGCAGCUGCUGCUACUCAGGGAGACGGACACGCGCAUCAUCAUCGGCAGUUUCUCGCAGGAACUGGCUCCCCAGAUCCUGUGCGAGGCCUACAGGCUUCGAAUGUUCGGUGCGGACUACGCCUGGAUUCUCCACGAGAGCAUGGGCGCCCCUUGGUGGCCGGACCAGCGUACCGCCUGCUCUAACCACGAACUGCAGCUGGCUGUCGAGAACCUCAUCGUGGUGUCCACGCACAACAGCAUCGUUGGAAACAACGUCAGCUACAGCGGACUGAACAAUCACAUGUUCAACUCUCAGCUGCGCAAGCAAUCCGCCCAGUUCCAUGGCCAGGAUGGAUUUGGUUCCGGUUCUGGCUCCAGGAUCAGUGUUACUGCACCGCAAUUGGACUCGCGUCGGCGCCGGCGGCGGGGUGUGGGAGGCGGCGGCGGAGGACACCUCUUCCCGGAGGCAAUAUCGCAGUAUGCACCGCAGACCUACGACGCCGUGUGGGCAAUUGCUCUGGCGCUUAAAGCCGCCGAGGAGCACUGGCGUCGCAACGAGGAGCAAUCGAAGCUGGACGGAUUCGAUUACACGCGAAGCGACAUGGCCUGGGAGUUCCUGCAGCAGAUGGGCAAGCUCCACUUCCUAGGAGUUUCGGGUCCCGUUUCCUUCAGCGGUCCAGAUCGCGUUGGAACCACUGCCUUCUAUCAAAUCCAACGCGGUCUGCUGGAACCGGUGGCUCUCUACUAUCCAGCGACAGAUGCCCUGGACUUCCGGUGUCCCCGGUGCCGCCCCGUGAAGUGGCACAGCGGGCAGGUGCCCAUCGCCAAGCGGGUGUUUAAGCUGCGGGUGGCCACCAUCGCACCUCUGGCCUUCUACACCAUCGCCACGCUCUCUAGCGUGGGCAUCGCCCUGGCCAUCGCCUUCCUCGCCUUCAAUCUGCAUUUUCGCAAGCUCAAGGCAAUUAAACUUUCCAGCCCCAAGCUAAGCAACAUCACCGCAGUGGGCUGCAUCUUUGUAUACGCCACCGUCAUCCUUUUGGGUCUGGACCACUCGACGCUGCCCUCGGCGGAGGACUCCUUCGCCACGGUCUGCACGGCCCGUGUCUAUCUGCUCUCCGCCGGAUUCUCGCUCGCGUUUGGAUCAAUGUUUGCCAAGACCUACAGAGUUCACAGGAUCUUCACGCGCACCGGCAGCGUUUUCAAGGACAAAAUGCUGCAGGACAUCCAGCUGAUCCUGCUCGUUGGCGGCCUGCUUCUGGUGGAUGCGUUACUCGUAACUUUGUGGGUGGUCACCGAUCCCAUGGAGCGGCAUCUUCACAACCUGACGCUCGAGAUCAGUGCCACCGAUAGGAGUGUCGUCUACCAGCCACAGGUUGAGGUCUGUCGUUCGCAGCACACCCAAACGUGGUUAAGUGUCCUGUACGCCUACAAGGGUCUCCUUCUCGUAGUGGGUGUCUACAUGGCCUGGGAGACUCGCCACGUGAAGAUCCCUGCCCUAAACGACUCUCAGUACAUCGGAGUGUCUGUCUACAGUGUGGUCAUCACCAGUGCCAUUGUCGUGGUUCUGGCAAACCUGAUUUCAGAGCGAGUUACCCUGGCCUUCAUCACCAUCACCGCUCUAAUUUUAACGAGCACCACCGCAACCCUUUGCCUGCUCUUCAUCCCAAAGCUACACGACAUCUGGGCCAGAAACGACAUAAUCGACCCGGUUAUCCACAGCAUGGGCCUCAAGAUGGAGUGCAACACACGCCGGUUCGUGGUGGAUGAUCGCCGAGAACUGCAGUACCGCGUUGAGGUGCAAAACAGGGUCUACAAAAAGGAGAUCCAGGCCCUGGACGCCGAGAUUCGCAAGCUGGAGCGGCUGCUGGAAUCGGGACUUACCAACACAUCCACAACGACUUCAUCCUCCACAUCACUCCUAACCGGAGGAGGUCAUCUGAAGCCGGAACUAACGGUUACGACCGGGAUUUCACAAACUGCGGCAGCCAGUAAAACCCGAACUCCUAGUAUAUCGGGAAUUCUGCCGAAUCUUUUGCUCUCCGUGCUGCCACCGGUGAUUCCCCGGGCCAGUUGGCCCUCAGCGGAGUACAUGCAAAUCCCAAUGAGGCGUUCCGUGACCUUUGCAUCCCAACCCCAAUUGGAAGAGGCCUGCCUGCCAGCGCAGGACCUAAUAAACCUCCGGUUAGCCCACCAGCAGGCCACAGAGGCUAAAACAGGCUUGAUUAAUCGUUUACGAGGGAUAUUUUCGCGCACCACCUCAAGUAACAAGGGAUCCACGGCCAGUUUGGCCGAUCAGAAGGGUCUGAAGGCGGCCUUCAAAUCGCACAUGGGUCUGUUUACCCGUCUGAUUCCCUCCUCGCAAACGGCCUCCUGCAAUGCCAUCUACAACAGCCCCAAUCAGGAUUCCACCCCCGUUGAAUCGUCCGCCCACCCGAAUGGCAAUCACCUAAAACCCAUCCACAGGGGUUCCCUGACCAAAAGCGGCACCCACUUGGACCAUCUGGCCAAGGAUCCGAAUUUCCUGCCAAUCCCCACUAUUUCUGGAGGCGAGCAGGGGGACCAGCAGUUGGGUGGAAAGUAUGUGAAGCUGCUGGAAACCAAGGUGAACUUUCAGUUGCCCAGCAACCGGAGACCUUCGGUGGUGCAGCCACCUCCAAGCCUAAGGGAAAGGGUGAGGGGCUCACCACGCUUUCCCCACCGCAUCCUGCCGCCCACUUGCAGUCUCAGUGCCCUGGCCGAAUCCGAGGACCGUCCCGGAGAUAGUACCUCCAUUUUGGGCAGUACCAAGUCCAUUCCUCGCAUUUCCCUGCAACAUGCCACCAGUGGAGGCACCUGGAAAUCCAUGGAGACGGCGGCUAAGUCGAGACUUUCCCUCGGCGAUUCCCAGGAGGAAGAGCAGACGCCUGCGAAUGGCCUGGAUUAAAUACGAUGAACUGUCCAUUGACCAUUGUCCACUGUCCAAGUCAAAAUCCUCGUCAAUUAGAAGCGAAACACCAAGCAAUUAUUUAACGACACGCCCACGACAUCUGCCCCCAGUUAAGAGCGUGUGCAACUGACCAAUCAUCAGCUUAAAGCAAUCAAACGCAUUAGGGUAAACGCUAGAUAAGUCACGGUAGGAACCCCCACUUCGCCAACUUCCCAUAGCUAGUCAUCUUCCUGAGCCUAGCAGAAGCAGCUGCACCGAGAAAACCGCCAGCACCUUGUGCUGUGCCUAGAACUAGAAAGAAAUUUACAAAUUAAAGUAAGAAAUUUUCAAACAUAUAGAAUUCGUCUAGAUAUUCGUGUUGAGUCUCCGUUUUUAAUACCAUCAAAGUUUUCUAAAAACUGUCAUCAGUAUUCGCUUAUUGAAUGGAACUUAUACCCCCUCGAGAUGCCAAAUUUGUAUAUAUUUUGUAAAUUAUAAAAAUUGAUUUUAUGCUGUGUUAAGGUUUUCACGGUCCAAAGCUCAGAACUUUCUUUGCAUCGCUAUUUAUGAUUAGCUGCCCUCUGCCAGAGUGGGUAUUUAUUAAAGGUGUUGUAGGAAAAAUGAUCUUUAAAUUAUAUAAUUGUUAGGCUAACCUCGAGUUCGUUAAAGCAUAGUUAAAGUCCUAAUCUCAUCUCUCGGUGUAGAACCUCCUCCGCAAUGUGAUCGACCCUGGGCCACGUAGAAGCU